GUGACGUACGCUCCCUCCUCCUCCCCUUUAAACGCUGGCGGGAGUAUAGCUUAGAGCCGCAGUUUCGCAGAGCUCCGAACCCUUCGCCUUUUUUGAGAAAAUAACCAUAAUAAUGGUCCGGACGAAAGCGGACAGCGUCCCGGGCAGCUACAGAAAAGCCGUCGCAGCCACGGCGCCUCGGAAGUCUCUGGGCUCGUCCACUUCCGGUAACAACGGCAGCGGCGGCAGCAGCAGCUGUGCUCCCGGUACCCCCGCUAAGGGGAAGUAUGCGGGGGGUAACCCUGUGUGCCCGCGGCCGACCCCGGACUGGCAGAAGGGCAUCGGGGACUUCUUCGGGGGGCCGGGGCGGGUCCCCGAGAAGGAGAACCAGCUCCCCCUGGUGGAGGAGGGGGAGGCGGGUGGCAGCGGCACCUCCAAGGCCAGCAGGAGGUCCCGACCCCUGCCGGAGGAGGAGGAUGAAUGAAGCUGUCUGCGCGGUUCUUCCUGUUUCACUACCUUCUUGAACUGCUGUCUUUUUAAUGUACAUCUGUAAAUAGUUUACUGCUUCAUUUUGUAUAGCGCUCAAUAAACACCAUGUUUUGGA